AUGACUGACACCGGGAAGAGAGAGGUAUCAUACGUUUUUCCAAAUGGAGACACAUAUGAGGGGGAGUGCUUUCGUAAUUCUGAGGGCGUGUUAAUGAGGGCAGGUAUGGGAACACAGACAUCAGCUAGUGGACUGACAUAUAGUGGAGAAUGGACCAAUGAUAUGAUGAAUGGCAGUGGGACUCUACGUCAUCCCUCAGGAGCAGUGUAUGAGGGCCACUUUAGAGACAACAUGUACGAUGGGACUGGAACAUAUCACUUUCCAGACGGGAGCAAAUGCAUGGGUACCUUCAAAAACAACAGGUUGGAAGGAAAGGGAGAAUUCAUUGACUCUCAGGGUAUUGUAUGGACUGGAAACUUUGAAGACAAAAAGGUCCAGACAUUAUUCCUCAAAGACAACAUGUAG